AUGACACAACGACCGAGGAACGUCAAGUGGUCAACGACAAGCGGCACAACUCGUCCGUCCGGAGGACGAGUUACACCGUUGGUGACAAAUUUAGCACAACCUCAUCCUCCACCAAAUAACAACGUUGGAGUCGGCUAUCCAACUGCUUAUGGGCUUUGGCUUGGACGUGGAAAUAACAACAAUUUCGCUGGCGGAGCCACUCCAUUCCAAGGAAGUGGUCUCAGCGGCUCAGUGCGUUGUCUGAACGGUGGCGCUCACAUUGGACAGUGCCGCUUGGAUAACGACGCGAUUUGCGCUGCUCUUGGUGGCGGAUGUGUUCAUGGAGCAUGUUGCACCACGCCGUUCAUCGGCAUGACGACUGCAGCCACUACUGGACCAGAGGUCGACGGCGAGGUAACAAGGAGACCCAAGAAGCCCAUCACGGCACCACCUUCCGAGGAAGAAAAUGAGGAAGAAGUGAUUGACGAAUCGGAACUAACGGAGUUCCGGCGGAUUGUUGAAAAUACGAGAACUACGUCUGCGCCCGAACAGCAUUUGCUAAAGAAUCGGCUAUGUCGUUCCGGUUUACGUCCAAUUGGACCAUGUUCGGAUGACGCGGAUUGCCCGUCCUUACAUCGAUGUGAGCGUGAAAAAUGCUGCUACAUCGUUUAG